AUGGCUAUUUCGGAGACUGUCAGUAAUGUCCUCGUCUAUAUCACCCUCGUAUCGUUCUUGGGUGUUGGGUUAUACGGUGGUUAUAGACAAGCGAGAACCAAAGUUGACUUCCUUGCUGCUCUGAGAACCCAAAGUGCAAUUCCGCUCGCUGCAAAUUUCUUCACCACAAGUAUUGGAUCAUCUAUACUUUUUGCUUACCCAGAACUUGCUACAAUUGCGGGACUUCUGGGUUUAUUCAUGUAUGCAUUUACUAGUACCAUUCCAUUACUUGUCUUUGCUUGGCUUGGGCCUAUAAUAAGACGUAAAUGUCCAGAAGGCUUUACUUUGACGCAAUUUAUCCUGGUGCGAUUCCAUCGGAUCAACCAAAUUUAUGUGUCUUUAAUGUCAAUGGCAUUCAUGUUCUGUUAUAUGGUUGCUGAGUUGUCAUCAAUUGCAUUGGUGCUUUACUACUUGGCUGGAUUGGAUAAAUUGGCACCAAUUAUUGUCAUCGCUGUCGUCACUACCUUGUAUACUGCAUAUGGUGGUUUUCGCGCUUCGCUCUUUACCGAUACUGUUCAAGGCUGGAUAAUUUUGAUUUUGAUGGUCAUUGCUACGAUUGCCGUGGCAGUCAAUGUCAAAAUAGAUAAGCAUGCCAUUGACGAUUCUGGUCUCUUGAAAUCUACGUCUUUAGGCUGGCAACUGCUUUACAUUCUCGCUGUUGCAAUUACUUUUGCCAACUUCUUCCACCAGGGCUUCUGGCAGCGGGCAUUUUCUUCUAAAAAUGAUCGGGAAUUAUAUAAAGCUACGGUUUUUGCAAGUGUAAUGUUAUUCCCAACACUGUUUCUCAUUGGAGUGACAGGCCUGCUUGCUGUUUGGGCGGGAUUAUGCUGUGAUGAAAACAAUGUGGGAGCUUUCGCAUUCUUUUCGUUGCUUGCCAAACUGCCUGACUGGGUGGUGGGCUUUGUGAUAAUCUUAUCCGUCGCCCUGGCAUGCAGUGCUUAUGAUACACUGCAAAGCGCGAUGGUGUCGACAAUGUCCAAUGAUCUAUUCCAAAAUAAGUUAUCGUUGACAAUUAUUCGAAUUAUUGUUUUCGUUAUUAACGUUCCCGCCG